AUUCGUAUAGUCUAUCCUUGCCAAAGAAGGAGACCUACCUCUCUCGACCCCUUCAAAGAGGGUUAAUAUCGCUCCUUAGAAUUUUGAGAAAGUACAAGAUAGCCAUCAUGAGAUUUUCUCCGUCUGUCCUAGCCGUUUUGACUCUCACCGACGGCGUAUUCUCGUUUCCAGCGUCCUCAAAGUCCCAGCUUCAAGGCAGGUCCUUUAAGGUUGAGCGAGUACGGCGCGGAAACGAUGCAAUCCACGGCCCGACUGCUUUGCGCAAGGCAUACGAGAAAUUUGGCAUUGUCCCGGCAGAUCUUGGGAUUGAUAUGGAUGACUUUGAACCUAUCACCGCCAGGCAUGCUGUUGCUUCGAAGGAAGAUGUCUCCGAGCCCGACCAAAAGGGCGCUGUCAGUGCAUCCUCGGUGCAGGGGGAUGCUGCUUUUGUCUCUCCCGUCACCAUCGGUGGUCAGAAAAUUGUUCUGAACUUUGAUACUGGCUCUGCUGAUUUUUGGGUGAUGAAUUCGCUACUUCCAGCAGCUGCUCAGAAGGAUCGCACAGUGUAUAACCCGUCCAACUCUUCUACUUACAAAAAGAUGGAAGGGGCCACGUUCAACAUCUCCUAUGGUGAUGCCUCGUAUGCGUACGGUGGGGUGGGCACAGAUACCGUUAACGUUGGGGGUGCUGUUGUCAAAAACCAAGCCAUUGGCAUUCCAGAUACAGUAUCCGACGCGUUCAUUGAAGACACAACCUCAAGCGGCUUAGUCGGACUGGGCUUCUCGUCUCUCAACACUGUCAAGCCUAGGCAGAAAUCCUUCUUCGAAAACAUCGCCGAGAGUCUCCAGGAGCCCAUUAUGACUGCGACCCUCAAAGCCGACGGCGUUGGCGAGUACGAAUUCGGUAUGCUUGAUCACGACAAAUACCAGGGCGACAUUGCAAACGUCAGUGUGGACUCCUCUGGUGGGUUUUGGCUAUUCAAAGCGGCGCAAUUUGCUGUUGGAGAUGGGCCCUUGCAAGACAUUAAGGAGAACCCAACUGCCAUUGCGGACACAGGAACUUCGCUUAUGCUACUCAGCCAAGAAGUGGUGGAUGCUUACUAUGCGGAGGUCCAUGGUGCAAUCUAUACUAGCAGUGCCGGUGGUUACAUUUAUCCCUGCAACGUCUCCCUUCCAGGUCUUUCAAUUGCUGUUGGUUCCAACCAUCUGGCCACUGUUCCAGGCAAUCUGAUCAACUUCUCCGAGGUUGGCGUCAACAAGACAACAGGUGGAAAGGUUUGCUUCGGAGGUAUUCAAUCCAGCCAAGGGUCCUCGAUGCAGAUUCUUGGCGAUGUGUUUUUGAAGGCCUUCUUCGUGGUCUUCGACCUGCGCGGCCCUUCUCUCGGGAUUGCCUCCCCCAAAUGAUUCGAAAAUAUUUAAAAUUGGUCACAUCGAGUGGCAAAUAUUGAAGAUAGAGCUUCACAGAAUACAACAUACCGGUACAUACAUCCUAUCUUUCUCCCUUAUCUGCGGAUCGAACCCAAGAUAAGAUCAGAUCUAUGGACCAAAAAAAGCCAACACUACCUAGUUUCAGGACCAUUCAUCAAGGGGAACAGUAGUAGAGAAAUGUAGGAGAAUAAAGUAUAGUUCACAAGGUUUCAAAGGAUCUGCACUAUGUCAGAACAGUGAAAUUGAAUAUUAUGCUUAAAUGGAGGUUGUUUUGGAAUGCUGAGUCAUGUCGAUGCACUGGGGGCUUAACCCGAUUUAGUUAGAAGCUUAAAAGGCUUAGAGUGAGGGAAGAAGGG